GUUUUUAGGUCGUCUUAUGCAUAUUAGUAAUUUUUAUCAACGAGUAUAAAUAUGAAUUUUCCUGUAUUCUGUCAGAGUUUAGUUAAAUGGUUCAACAAUGUUUACUAUUUUGCCAAGGAUACUAGUGUUGCUAACACUAAUUGGAAUAUCUGCUAGCCAAACAACCGUAAGUACUACAGAUGCUGGAAGUUCAACGCAGUCCUCAACGUCUAGUCCUACGGGGAUUACCGGUUCCUCAAGCACAGCUAGUACAGGUCGGCAGUUUACAUCCAGCCUAUCGAAUCCCAUAACAUUUCCAACAUUAAAUCCUAAUCCUCCAUUUCCUCCGAAUUAUGGGGGUGGUUAUAUUCCGCCCCAGUUACCAAUUCAGUGGCCGUUUCAUGUUGGGGGAUUUUGGCCAGCUGUUCCACCACCGGGUAUCUUUGGACCACAGGGGAUGUUUGGCCAGCAAUUUCCUCCAAUGCAACCACCUGGAUUCUUUCCUGGAUAAUGGUGGCUUUAGUUAAAUAUUCAAUUCUACUAUAAUUCAUAUAUUAUAGUUAAUUGUUUACAUUUACAAUCAUUGCAAUUAUUAAAUAUAAUAAUUAUUUGUAAUUGUAAAAUAAAUAAGUAAAAAUACGAAAAAUUC